ACACACCAUCAGACACACGGGAAAAAAACCACAGCGUUCUGAUGCUCUGCCAGCCCUGCAGCAUUCAUUCCCAAUCCGGGUCCCUAAAUAUGGGCCCCGAGGCUGCAGUAGCCCUGGCCAGGCCAGACCCCGGGCUCGCUCUUCUCUCCUUUAGCACCUCGGUCGGAGAUAAACCGCGCCCUCCCUCGCUGCCAAGGCCCAGCUCCACUUUCACUUUUGGUUGCGGCGGCGAGGCUGUCUGGGGUGCAGGUAAUUUGAUGGUGCCUCUCAAACAGCCGAUGGCAAACAUGCCCUUUCUACUUUCCUUACUAUUGACUGUUUUAGCUGUGUCAUCUACUUCUUGGUGUCAGAGCAGUGAUACAGCAUCUCCAAAAGCAAGUAAUGGAGCCCCAUUCCCUUGGAAUAACAUUCGACUCCCUGAGCAUAUCAUUCCACUUCAUUAUGAUCUCAUGAUCCAUGCAAACCUCAGCACUCUGACCUUCUGGGGAACAACAGAAGUAGAAAUCACAGCCAGUCAGCCCAGCAGCACCAUUAUCAUGCAUAGUCACCAGCUGCAAAUAUCUAAGGCCACCCUCCGCAGAGGAGCUGAAGACAGGCUGUCUGAAGAACCUUUGAGUGUCCUGGAGUAUCCUGCUCAUGAGCAAGUUGCACUGCUGGCUCCCCAGCCACUCCUUGCUGGACCCCUGUACACAGUUAUUAUCAGUUAUGCUGGAAACCUGUCUGAAAGCUUCCAUGGAUUUUAUAAAAGCACCUACAGAACCCAGGAAGGGGAAAUGAGAAUACUUGCAUCAACACAGUUUGAACCCACAGCUGCUAGAAUGGCCUUUCCCUGCUUUGAUGAGCCUGCAUUCAAGGCGAGUUUCUCCAUCAAGAUAAGGAGGGAUCCAAGGCACCUGGCCAUCUCCAACAUGCCCUUGGUGAAAUCUGUGAAUGUUGCCAAAGGACUCAAAGAAGACCAUUUUGAUGUCACUGUGAAGAUGAGCACUUACUUGGUGGCCUUCAUUAUUUCUGACUUUAAAUCUGUGAGCAAGAUGACUAAGAGUGGAGUCAAGGUCUCUGUGUAUGCUGUUCCAGACAAGAUAAAUCAAGCAGAUUAUGCUUUGGAUGCUGCAGUGACUCUUCUAGAAUUUUAUGAGGAUUAUUUCAGCAUUCCAUAUCCUUUGCCCAAGCAAGAUCUUGCUGCAAUUCCUGACUUUCAGUCUGGUGCUAUGGAGAACUGGGGCCUGACAACAUACAGAGAAUCCUCUCUGUUAUAUGAUAAGGAAAAGUCUUCUGCAUCCAGUAAGCUUGGCAUCACAAUGACUGUGUCCCAUGAACUUGCUCACCAGUGGUUCGGCAAUCUAGUCACCAUGGAAUGGUGGAAUGAUCUUUGGCUCAAUGAAGGAUUUGCCAAGUUCAUGGAGUUUGUGUCUGUCUCUGUGACCCAUCCUGAACUAAAAGUUGAAGAGCAUUUCUUUGGCAAGUGUUUUGAUGCAAUGGAAAUCGAUGCAUUCAACUCCUCACACCCUGUCUCCACACCUGUAGAGAAUCCUGCACAGAUUCGGGAGAUGUUUGAUGAUGUUUCUUAUGAAAAGGGGGCUUGCAUUCUGAAUAUGCUAAGAGAUUAUCUGAGUGCAGAUACAUUUAAAAGAGGAAUUGUGCAGUAUCUCCAGAAGUAUAGUUAUAAAAACACAAAAAAUGAGGACCUUUGGAAUAGCAUGGCGCAUAUUUGCCCCACAGAUGUCACACAAACAAUGGAUGGCUUCUGCUCUAGAAGCCAUCACUCAGCACCAACCUCACACUGGCUUCAGGAAAGCAUAGAUGUGAAGACCAUGAUGAACACGUGGACGCUGCAGAAGGGCUUUCCCCUUAUAACCAUCACUGUAAGAGGGCGGAAUGUGCACCUGAAGCAAGAACACUAUAUGAAGGGUUCUGAAAGCAUCUCAGAGACUGGGUACCUGUGGCAUGUACCCCUGACAUUCAUUACCAGCAGAUCAGAUACAGUCGAGAGGUUUUUGCUGAAGACAAAGACAGAUGUGCUCAUCCUCCCAGAAGCAGUGGAGUGGAUCAAAUUUAAUGUGGGAAUGAAUGGCUAUUACAUUGUUCAUUAUGAGGAUAAUGGAUGGGAUUCUCUGAGUGGCCUUUUAAAAACAGCACACACAACGAUCAGCAGUAAUGACCGGGCGAGUCUCAUCAACAACGCAUUUCAGCUUGUCAGCAUUGGAAAGUUAUCAAUUGAAAAAGCCCUGGAUUUAACUCUGUACUUGAAAAAUGAAACAGAAAUUAUGCCUGUAUUCCAAGGUUUGAAUGAAUUGAUACCUAUGUAUAAGUUAAUGGAGAAGAGAGAUAUGAGUGAGGUGGAAACUCAAUUCAAGGCCUUCCUCCUCAGGCUGCUGAAGGACCUUAUUGAUAAGCAGACAUGGACAGACGAGGGCUCUGUCUCAGAGAGGAUGCUCAGGAGCCAGCUCCUCCUCCUUGCUUGUGUGCGCAAGUAUCAGCCCUGUGUGCAGAGGGCAGAGGGCUAUUUCAGAGAGUGGAAGGCAUCCAAUGGAAACAUGAGCCUCCAUAUUGAUGUGACCAUGGCAGUGUUUGCUGUGGGGGCCCAGAACACAGAAGGCUGGGAUUUUCUUUAUAGUAAAUAUCAGUCGUCUUUGUCUAGUACUGAGAAAAGCCAAAUAGAAUUUGCCCUCUGUACAAGCCAAGACCCAGAAAAGCUUCAGUGGCUUCUAGACCAAAGUUUUAAGGGAGAGAUAAUAAAAACUCAGGAAUUUCCACAUAUUCUCAUACUCAUUGGCAGAAACCCAGUGGGUUAUCCACUGGCCUGGAAGUUUCUGAGGGAAAAUUGGAAUAAACUUGUACAAAAGUUUGAACUUGGCUCACCGACCAUAGCUCACAUGGUAAUGGGAACAACAGACCAGUUUUCUACCAGAGCUCGCCUUGAAGAGGUAAAGGAGCAUGUAAAAGGAUUCUUCAUGUCCUUGAAAGAAAAUGGUUCUCAGCUCCGUUGUGUUCAACAAACCAUUGAGACCAUUGAGGAAAACAUACGAUGGAUGGCUAAGAAUUUUGAAAAAAUCAGACUAUGGCUGCAAAAACAAAAGCUGGAAAUAUGACAGUUUGUUUCUUACCAAGUUCCUGUGAUUUAUAACCAACAAAAAUUUGUUCAAUUUGAGUAUUUUCAAACUAAAGAUAGUUGUUUUGGCUCCCACUGAAGAUAUUUUCUUAUUUCAUUUCACUUGACCAUGUCUGAGAAAAGUUCAUCUUCAGUGUCUGUUGCUGCCAUGGGUCUGGCCGACAGUUGUGGCCCUACAGUCUAAACCCAAGUGCCCAGUUCCUUGCCACAGAAAAGCCAAGGGGCUUCUUCUCAUUUCAUAUUUCAGCCCUGCAGCUCGCAAAGCCCUGUGCCUCCUGUGUCGGUCACUCAUCAUUGUCCCUCCAAGACUGUGGCUAGUGAGGCACAUGUGUAGCAAAUGCUUGGAUCGUUAGCUACACUGGAAAAUGAAUGUGCAGCAGCCCUCCUUUUGCUCACUCUAAGUCUCCUGUCCAUCCUGUCUUGCUGGCUUCAUGUCUGGGUGCUGCCUUGCAGGGUGCAGUUGACCAGGCAUCUUUGCCCUCUGGGGUUUUACUGAUAGACAAUUCUAGGACUCUGGAGUUGGAGGGAAUAGGUAGAGGCAUUUAUUUCCCUGUGUUUAUGUCUGGCAGGUUUUCACAAGUCUUCCUCCUGAGAGAUAGUCUUCUUUUCCACACAGUACUUUUCUAUUUCUUGUCUCUAGUAACUGUUCCUCAUCCAUUCAGGGCAAGGGACAAUUGUGGGAACCUGGUGCUAACAGUCAUGGCAAUACUGGUCAUUUUUCACACUCUACUUAAACCUUUGUAAAAAAAAUGUGCAUCUAGAACCCUCCUCAGAUAACUCUAAAUAUGAUAGCCACCUACUUCCUUUGGAACCUCACUCCUAAAAAAAUAGAGUGCAUUCAGUUCUGUAUCAGAAAUACCCUUCAUUUUAAGAUACACUGGAGAGUCACUAAUCCUAAAGUAGGGAGUGGUGUUUUAAAUUCCCGAAUGACUCAUAUUGGCACUUAUUGCAAAUAUAUUAUUGAAGACUAAUAAAGGAUAAUAUGAGCAAUGCACUUAUAUUAGUACAAGGAAAGAAUUCUUUAAGUCUUACAUAAGAAUUUUUAGAUGAAUGGCAUGUAUUUCAGGAUAAAUGAAUAUGACUGAUAAGAAUGAUUUCAAAAUGGAGUGCUGUAAUAUACUAUGGGGGUGGGGACUCAAUUAUCAUAUUUUCAUUGCUCUAAAAAGAUACCUUAAAUCAGCUUAAAUGAAAGAUUUUGGCUCAGUGCUUUUAGUCUGUGGUUUGCUGGGUCUGUUGUUAACCAGCCUAUGGUGAGACAUUAUGGCAACCAUAACAGUUACCAGGGAAGAGUGCUUACCUAAUAGUGGCCAGAAAAUAGAAGAAGAGCCAGAGAGUAGUCUGGGGACACAGUGUACUGUGUCACAGCAUACUCUCACAGACUGGACCUACUUCCUCCAACUAACAUCUACCUCCUGAUAGCCCAUUCAAGUAUGAAAUCACAAAUGCAUUGGUGACUGCACAUAGAUUAACCCAAUAAGAAAUGAGCCCUCAUGAUCCACUCCCUUCUCUUCUAUUGCCACCAACUGGGAGCCAAGACUUCAACAUGGGAGCCUGCUGGAGGGAUACUUCAUGUCAAAACUACAACGAAUGUGUUUACAAUUCUAUUUUUUAUAGUGACUGCAUGUGAUGGCUUGAGAAUAAAAUAAAAAUAAUUCCUUUGUAAUUUUUUCACAGACUACAUCUAAAAAAGAACACAUAGACAAGAUUUUCACGUAAAAUAUUUUCCUUUAAUUGCGUUUUAUAUCUUGAUUAAUGAAACACAAAUACUGAUUUUUGCUUUGAUCACUUUCACUUUUGGAAAAUCCUGGGUUUUUUGUUUGUUUGUUUGUUUGUUUUGUUUUUAUUUUUGUAU